AAUAAAGUAUGUGAAUAUAUCGAGACUGAAGUGAAUAAUUUUUAUCUGUCGUCAUAAUUGAUCUUUUCUACUAUUAUGGUUUAAAUAUUCCUCCUUUCAUUCCCAUCCACGAGCUAAAUUUUCUUUCUUACUCUUUAGUUUUGGAAAAUGUUUGACUUUUUUGCCAUAGUCAUUCUUAUCGAAUAUUCGACUUUACUAAACAAGAUUUCAGGGGGCGUUUUCUUCAGGUAUGGAGAAAGGCCACGAUCACUGAACGCACUCGUUUGUUUUUUGUUUCUUAUUUUGUAGUUGUUGUUUGUGCGAUUCCUUGUUUUGUUGGUUUUUUUCGUCUUCUUUAUUCCUCUGAGACCUGAUAAAGAAAAAGCACCGUACGAAGUCUCGACAUCAUCUAGAUCCUCACAAAACAGUAAAUCCACACAUUGCUGGACUUUUAGCGCAGUGCAGCUUUAA